CGGGUCCAGGACUCAAAUCAUGGUUGGUCAUGUGGGAGUCCAGUGCUCUUAACCACCAUGCCACCUGCCAAUCCCUAAAGUGAAUUAAUAAUAAGAACGUUAUGAAGUCACUAGUGGUGGAGGUGGUAGGUGACUGUGAAGGAGGAAAACAGGGUAGCCUAGCGCACAGUCACUGCUCGGCCAAAGAGGCCCCUCCUCUUCCAAGCUCCAUGUUACUGGGCUGGUCUCUGGGCCUCACAGCAUCUCCAUUUCUUCAUGUCCCAAAUGAGAGUCAUCAUGGACAGGUGUGAGGACUGAACAGGUAGCACGUACAGCACACCAGCCAGCACCUGGCCCUCCAGAAGUGAAGGCCUGUGCCUGCUGGUGCUGCUACUGUUGGGGUGGCCGUGCGGAGGCAGAGGAGGAGGAAGAGAGGAAGGUACAAUGAAACCAUGCACAUGGGGAAGCUCUGGGUGCCCAUGCAAAACAAAUUCUGAGUCUAGGCAGCUCAAGACAUCUGUGGCUCAGCCCGAGUUCUCGCAGCAUCUGAGAGUGUUGAGAUUCACCCUGAAGAGCCUUAGUGUCCACUCGGUUCUGCUCCACCCCACUAACAAAAGGAGAAACCAAAGCUUUGACUAGAAAGGAGCUUUCUGGGCUACAGGGUCACCAAGUCCACAGUAUAGCUCUUCAUGAAUAAAGAAGAUCCCCUGACACGUGCUCAUGGUGACAGCAGAACUCGAUUGUCUUCUAUGGGGUCUGGACAGUGACUUUCUCGCUGUGCUGAGUGACUACCCAUCUCCCGACAUCAGCCCUCCGAUAUUCCGCCGAGGGGAGAAAUUGCGUGUGAUUUCAGAUGAAGGGGGCUGGUGGAAGGCCAUCUCCCUGAGCACUGGUCGAGAGAGUUAUAUCCCCGGAAUAUGUGUGGCCAGAGUCUACCACGGCUGGCUGUUUGAAGGGCUGGGCAGAGACAAGGCUGAAGAGCUGCUGCAGCUGCCAGACACCAAGGUCGGCUCCUUCAUGAUCAGAGAGAGUGAGACGAAGAAAGGUUUCUACUCACUGUCGGUGAGGCACAGGCAGGUGAAGCAUUACCGCAUCUUCCGCCUGCCCAACAACUGGUACUACAUCUCCCCGAGGCUCACCUUCCAGUGCCUGGAGGACCUGGUGAACCACUAUUCUGAGGUGGCUGAUGGCUUAUGCUGUGUGCUCACCACACCCUGCCUGACACAGAGCACGGCCCCCUCAGCAGUGAGGACCUCUGGCCCACCUGUCACCUUGCGCCAGAAGACCUUUGACUGGAAGAGGGUGUCCAGACUGCAAGAGGACCCCGAGGGAGCAGGGAACCCACUCGGGGUGGACGAGUCCCUUUUCAGCUACGGCCUCCGGGAAAGCAUUGCCUCCUACCUGUCCCUGACUGGGGAUGACAACACCUCCUUCGACCGGAAGAAGAAGAGC